UGUGUUAACUUGCAAUGCAAUUUUACUUGUGUCAUGUUAAUUUAAACUGUUUAUAUCUAGUGAUUUAUUGCAAUUAUUUCAAUUGAUCAUACGUUUCAGCUGAUUGAUAUCCUGAAUAUUACCAUCAUGGACCCUUUUUUGACUCCAACACAGCUCAAAAAAUUAAGAGUAGUAGAUCUUAAAGAGAAACUAGCUGCUCUUGGAUAUCCAUUGAAUGGGCUGAAAGCAGAUCUAAUAAAACGCUUGUCUGAUUAUUAUGCAAGUCAACAAAAGAUGGAAGUAGCCAAACCUGUUGUAGCUCAGGAAUCUGCUCUUCAACCGACAAUUCCUCCCAACGAAAUGAUAGAUGCUAGUAAUAAACAAACAGGACAGGAUACAGUAAAUUCUGCACAGCUCAAUCGUGUAAAAGAAGUUGAACAGAAUUAUGAAGCUCAUCAUGAGAUAUCACACCAGGAAGAAGGAUCUGAACCAUCUUUUGCCUCCAUGGAGAUGACUGAUGAUAACAAACAAACUGAACAAGAUGCAAAUAAUCCUGAAGAGAAUGAUGGUAUUAUAGAAGACACCGAAACUUAUGGAAAUCCUAGUGAGAUUACACUCCUAGAAAAAGAACCAGUUUCUCCAUCUAUGGAGAUGAUAGAUACAAGUGCUAAGAUAACCGAACAGAAAUCAUCAAAUUUUGAAGAAUUAAAUCGUGAAAAAGAAGACGAAAAAGCGUAUGAAACCACCCAGCCAAUUUCACAAGAAGAAAAAGAAACAGUUCCUGCGCUGCCCAUUUCUUCAACGGAGGUUAUAGGUAAAAGUACUAAUCAAACAGAAAUGUCUACAUUGGACUCUGAAGAAAUUGAUCGUGCCGGAGAAAGUGAACAAACGUUUAAAACUCUUCAUUCAAUUUCAAAUCAUGAGAAAGAAACAGCUCCGUCACCGCCGAUUCCUUCUGUUGAGACGAUGGAUGUUAGUAGUAAACAAUUAGAACAGAAUUCAUCCAAUUCUGAAGAAAAGAGUGGUAUAAACGAAGGUGAACAAUCGUGUGGAACUCCUCAAGAAAUUUCAGAUCUGGAAAAUUUGCUAACAGAAGCUUUACAAGCAAAACAAAGCCAAAAUGAAGUUGAUGUUGUUGAUGUUGUUGAUCCAUCUAAGAUGCAAAAAGAAGCACCUGAAAUUAGUAAAGCAGAAACAAAGAACGUCACUAGUUCAAAUCAAAUCAAUGGAAGUGCUCAACAAAAAAAGAAUCUUUCAAGAAAUGAAAAGAAAAGGUUGAGAAAAAAGAAGAAGAAAAUUGAAAAACAAAAAAGUCAUCCAAAUGAAGUGAAAAAGGCGACAAACGAAUUAGAUGAUGAUGAUAAUCUUGAUAUUGAGUAUAUUGAAGAUGAAGUGCCGAAGGACCCAAUUUAUUAUCAAUAUAUAAAAGUCUUCGAAAAGUUCAAAACGUCUGGUAGUGAAGAUUUAAUAUAUCCCAAAAACGAUAAUGAGAUUGUAGAUCGAGCCAAGCAAAUGUUGGAGAGAAAAAAACCAGUCGAAUUGGAAUUGAAAGAAGACCAUGAAAAAAAUGAUGGUGAACCAAAAUUAUCUAAAAGAAAGCUUAAACAGCUCACAAGGAUGACCGUGGCCGACCUUAAACAAAAAGUUUCUCAUCCAGAAUUAGUUGAAAUGCAUGAUGUAACGGCAAGGGAUCCCAUCUUAUUGCUUCAUUUAAAAUCAACUAGAAACUCUGUCCCUGUUCCCCGUCAUUGGUGCUAUAAAAGAAAGUAUCUUCAAGGCAAAAGAGGUUUCGAUAAGCCAGCAUUCAAACUACCUGAUUUCAUCAGAAAAACUGGAAUCAUGGAAAUAAGACAAGCUUUACAAGAAAAAGAGGAUGCCAAAUCUUUAAAAGCAAGACAAAGAGAAAAAAUAAGACCCAAACUUGGUAAAAUCGAUAUUGAUUACCAGAAACUUCAUGAUGCAUUUUUCAAGUGGCAAACGAAACCCAAAAUGACAAUUCAUGGAGACAUUUAUUAUGAAGGAAAAGAAUUCGAAACAAGAUUAAAGGAGAAAAAACCCGGUGAUUUAAGUGUUGAAUUAAGAGUUGCAUUGGGAAUGCCAACUGGUCCUAAUGGGCAUAAAUGUCCACCUCCAUGGAUUAUUGCUAUGCAGAGAUAUGGCCCUCCACCAUCUUAUCCAAACCUGAAAAUUCCUGGUCUAAAUGCAAAAAUACCUGACGGAUGCUCUUUUGGAUAUCAUGCUGGUGGUUGGGGUAAGCCUCCAGUCGAUGAAUAUGGUCGGCCGCUUUAUGGUGAUGUAUUCGGUUUGAGUACAGCUCAAGAUAACUUGAAUAAAGAGGAAGAAGUAGACAAGUCAUUAUGGGGUGAAAUUGAAUCCGAGGAGGAGGAAGAAGAAGAGGAUGAAGAAGAAGAAGAGGAAGAAGCAGAAAAUGACAAAUUUACUGGUGAAACCGACGACAGUGGACUUGUUACACCGUCAGAAGGUUCAGAAACUCCUUCCGGUUUUGCUUCAAUGCCUAACGGAAUGGAAACACCAGAUAUUAUUGAAUUAAGAAAAAGAAAGAUAGAAGCUGAAAUGGAGAGCAAUGAGAGUGCUACUCUUUAUACCAUUAUUCCUGAGAAGACAACUGAAAGAGUAGGCAAAGAAAUGCUGGCAUCCACUCAUAUCUAUGAUGUGACAGGGUCUCUAAAGAAAGGACAAGGAGUCGAGGUUGCACUGGAUCCAAAUGAUUUGGAAAUGCCUGUUGCUGGAUUAGCAGCUAAAUACGAAAAAUCAUUGAAAGAGCAACAAGCUAGCAUAGCCAAAGAAGAUUUGAGUGAUAUGGUUGCCGAACACGCGGCCAGGCAGAAGAGGAAAAAAGUUCAAGAUACCAGUAAAUCCAAUAAGAAAUAUAAAGAUUUCAAAUUUUGAUGGAGAA